AUGAAACAACCAUCGGACUCGUUGGAUAAUUGGAGAGACUAUUUCCGGCGAGGAGAUUCUUCUGAUAUAUUUGAGAUCAUCGAUCACGCCAUCAUCCUCGCCGCCGCUGAUUUCCCGAACGAGUUCAAAUCCAGGAGAGACGGAAUCGCGCAGCUUCUCUUCUCUCGUAAUGUCAGCCGCCGCCGCUGCAUCGGAUGUGGUAACGAGGUUAACGGCGAUAGGGAUGAUUCUGGUGGCGGUUGUGGAGAAGAUGAGAGGAAAUUGGAUGAUAAUGAGAUUGUUGAUGAGGUCACGAGGAUCAAAGAUAUUUUGUUGAAUAAGGACGAUGAGUCAAAUGGUGUGUUACUUCGUUGCUUGAGGAAGCUUGAGUCAAUGUCUCUGAGUGUGGACCUUCUCAAGGAUACUGAAAUUGGAAAGGCGGUUAAUGGUUUGAGGAGACAUGGUUCUGAUAAGAUUAGGGAACUUGCAAAGGCUCUUUUUGCGGAGUGGAAGGAGAUGGUGGAUCAAUGGAUGAACAAUACAAAUGAAAUUGUUGGUGAUGAAAGGACGCCAGAGUCUGCUAUAGUUGAUGAAGCAGAAGCCUUUCCUUCUCCUCCGCAUGAUUUAGAUUAUUUUGCUCCUGAACCUAAUGGUUUUGAACUCUCUCAGGUCUGUAAACAUAUCUUUCCCUCCCAUCCUCGUCACAGUGUGGAGCCCAAGCAUGAAAGAAAAUCACAAAGCAGCAUGAUUAGGAGACCCGGGGGUACAAAUGAAGCCAAUGUGGUUGGGAGGUACAACAAGAAUCAGCAGAUGAGGAGAGAAGAAGUUGAUGUUAGACAACUUAAGCAAACUAGAGAACCGAUUGUUAUUGCUGAGCAGAAGCGGAAACUUGCUGGAGCUCAACAAGAUAAACUCCAAGCGCUGGAUCCAGACGCAAGGUUUGAGUUUGCAAAGAGGAAACUACAAGAGAGCUACCAACAACAUGAUAAGGCCAAAAAACAGAGGACGAUACAAGUACUAGAAACGAUCCCAAAGCAAGGUAAAACUAAGAAACCGCUACUCAAGAGACCCGUGCGGAGGUAG